GUUGAGCCCCGAGUGAGCUGAGGGCUCGCGCUCUUCUAGUCUCCCGGGCCUGCCCCGCCUGAAGAAAUGAGUGGUGGGUUGGCCCCAAGUAAAAGCACAGUGUGUGUAUCCAACCUGCCCUUUUCCCUGACCAACAGUGACUUAUACCGGAUAUUUUCCAAGUAUAGCAAAGUUGUAAAGGUUACUAUAAUGAAAGAUAAAUAUACCAGGAAGAGUAAAGGGGUUGAAUUUAGUUUAUUUUUGGAUGAAGACUCUGCACAAAACUGUACCAGGGCAAUAAACAACAAACAGUUAUUCGGUAGAGUGAUAAAAGCAAGCAUUGCUGUUGACAAUGGAAGAGCAGCUGAGUUCAUCCGAAGACGAAACUACUUUGAUAAAUCUAAGUGUUAUGAAUAUGGGGAAAGUGGACACUUAAGUUAUGCCUGUCCUAAAAAUAUGCUUGGAGAACGUGAACCUCCAAAGAAUAAAGAGAAAAAGAAAAAAAAGAAAAUUCCUGAACCAGAAGAAGAAAUUGAAGAAGUAGAAGAAAGUGCUGAUGAAGGGGAAGAUCCCACUCUUGACAGCCUCAGUCAGGCCACAGCUUUCCAGCAAGCCAAAAUGGAAACCCAGUUCAGGGGGUCCCUCAACAUCAGAUGA